AUGAAUAUAUUACCAAAAAAAAGAUGGCACGUAAGAACUAAAGAAAAUAUAGCAAGGGUUAGAAAAGAUGAAGCUGAGGCAGCAGAAAAAGAAAGACAAGAGCAAUUAAGAAUCGCAGCAGCAGAUCGGGAAGCUCGUCUUAAUGUUUUAAAACAGAAAAGCAAAUUAAAAUUGGCAGAAUUAGAUAUUCCCCUCCCUUCAGAAAAAACAGAAACAAGUAAUUCUGCAGAACAUAUUAAUCUGUUCUCAGAUCUCGAACACGCUUUACAAACAACAAAUAAAGAGCAUGAUAAAGAAAAAAAGGAAAAGCAAGAAGAAUAUGAAAAAAAGAUAGGCUAUUUGACUUAUUUAGGACAAGACACCAAUGAAGUCCUCGGGAAAAAGAACUGGUAUGAGGUACCACCGGAAUCAUCACGAUUCUCAAGAUCAGCAGAUAUUAAGGACACUUAUGACAAACUGGUUUUAAAAGAUGCCGAUGGUAUACCAAAAGGCAAAUUGUGUGAUGAAAAAGAUGGAGAGGUAGCUUGGAAAGCAAAACAAAGCUUAGACCCGUUGAAUGCUUUUAAGAAAUACUGUAACAGUGUACCCAAAACAAUAACAAAAGCCAAAGAUACACAAUCACAUAAAUUGGACACACACAAAACUAACAAAAGUAAAACUAGCAAAAAAGACAAACAUAAAAGUGACUCACAAAUGAAAUUACAAAAACUAAGAGAAGCAAGAUUAAAGAGGGAGAUGCACGAAAAGGCCAAAACAGAGAUGUUUUUAAGUAAACUUAGUGGUAUUGAGCCUGUUGAGACAGAAAAAAAAGAGCCCAAGAAACUUGUUCCAAAAUAUAAUUCACAAUUUAACCCAGAACUAGCAAGACAAAACUUUAGAUAG